AGACGCAACGAGUUCUGAGUGCGUGUGCAGCGAACAAAGUUCGUGAUUUUAAGACUACGAAAUAAUUGGCCAUUUUUGCUGCUUUUGGGAUACUUGCGUCUUGUUCGAGUCACUUGUUCUCAUGUGAAGCCUAUGUUGGCACAUGCCAUCGCUGCCUGUUGUUUCGCUCGCAACCCAGACGGAAUUAUUACGACAUGGCAUUCCUUUAGACAUUGAGGAAAACUGAAUGAUAGUGAUCCACAAUGGAAACCAUGUCCUGGUCCGAAGGUACGACAAGCCAAGCUUUUGGGAUGCAAGCCUCAAACUCCGCCAUACAAAAUGAUUUGAGAUUCCAAAGUUUUAUACCAGGAGGAGGGAUUAAUGGAAAUUCAAACCUUUAUGUUAGUCGGACCCAACAAACACAGCACUCGAACUACCACACUCUACACUAUACCCGACACAAUGGACAAAUUGCUCACGGGAAUUACUGGAAUGACAAAGCUACGGACUUAAACUCUGUUAGAAACGGCGAUGGUUUUUCUGCACAGAGGAAUGGCAGUGGACUAUAUGAACCUGCGUCUCAACUGACGUUAAGAAACCAGACUUUGAUGAAUGGAAACGACAGUUGUAAUGUCCCACCAGGACCGCAAUCCCGCUAUGUUACACAUCACAACCCUUUUAAAGCCGACGCUCCUCAAACUGUGAUGCCUAAUGCAACAAAUCUACAAAUGACACACGCAGCCACAGGAGGUAGUCAACAUACCCAGCAGGUAUUGCAGUUCUCAAGAGUUGGCUGUGGAGCUCCAUCCACUGGCGUGCAAGGUCACGGGAACAUAGCGGCUAGCCAACAAAUAAAGGUAAUUGAAGAUUAUUUGAAGGGCGAGCGUGUGAACACCUCCAGAAGUUUUUACCCUUCCGUGGAAAGGAACCCGAACCAUCAGUACUCGCAGGCAACAGCAGUCAUGGGACAGGGAGUGACGAGUCGGGGUGAUGCCCCGGUGAAAGCGGGCAAAAGAAAUGGCUUAAAUGAUGCCGCGGUCUGUCCCACAGGCGGGAAUACAAGUGCAGAAAAGGUGCAGAUGGACCGACCAAAUGUCAAUCUCGGUUAUUUGCUAGAACUGCUAACAAGAGGUCAGGGGCCAGUUGUGGGGUCCCAGGCUGGUACUGCAUGUCCGCCCUCUGGCCAGAGCAGGGCAUGGGCCGCAGGCUCCGGUGCAUUUACGGACGCCACUAAAGGAACGGGUGGUGGCAGCGUUUCAGCGGUGACCGAAAGGAUGAAUGCCAUUCAGCGCAGGAGCUCAGCUCUUGUGGCAGCCCUUUCUAGCAAUGCUAACCUGCCUUAUUACGGCGUAAAUGGGAACAAAAGUGGCUCUGGAAAUUCCUCGUCUGUGCAGAAUGUGGUGGAGCAGCAGCCUCCCUCUUACUUUCAAAGCAUCGGUGUCGGCAGAAAUGUAUCAAACGAUGAUGCUAAUUCAUCCUAUCCUGAAAAACAGAGCUACCACCUCUCCCCAACAGGUCAACAGCUCCCGGGAGCAGAGAGGAGAUGUGUACAGGAAGCACAAUAUCACACGCAAAGCACCAAUGCAAAAGCACAGCCUUUCUAUUUUCCCAACACCACAAACAGCGGUGGAGCUGUCGCAACAAGGCAUGUAGGGCCCACUCAAACAGCGAAGCCUGCUCAAAACCAAAUUCCUCUGUCAAAUGUCGAAAACGGCCAAAAUGGUCAUCCUCAUGCUUUGGCCACUGGUUAUAGUUGCGCCCCAACUUUCCCAAAUCAAGUUAAGCAGCCAUAUAGACAGUCCGAUAAUCAGCAUCAUCGUGACCCCCCACCCUAUCCCAAAACGCAAAGGUAUUUUGUCACAGUGACACAGGAAAGGCCUGGGACAGGAUUUACUGCCAAAAAUGUUGUCUUCAUGGCUGAUAACCACGAGCCUGCCUUAAGUGAACAGCUGCAACUGACUUUAAAAGAAAAGACCGCAAAAUUAGACUCUGGAGUAACAUAUGCAGAGCACCCUGGCAAGAGCGAUCCAAAGGAUGGCGAAACCCACCUUUCGACUGCUAUCGCAAGAGCCGAGUCUGUUUUCAAUGUGCCCAAACCGGCAAAUCAGCAGAAGUGUCCUGGGUCAUCGGGGCAAAGAGCGGUGGCAGUCGUUCCGCCGAUAUCCCAGCAGUCGUCAAGCUCCACAGACGAGGAGGGCGGCAUCAUCAACACCGACGAAGGAUUGCCGUUUAAAAUAAAGAACAUAUGGUCCCUUACCGAAGAAGAAUAUGCAACGCCACAAAAAAUGUCUGUGCCAUAUGACGUAGGAUUGGGUGACAAAUUAAAACCGAACGUCUUGGCUACGUCUGCCACGGCAGCAGACGUUGAUUCACCUUCACCUUCAGAGCAGGCCGCAUCUCUUCACAAUACCACACAAGCCCCAGAUUUAGCUAGCCCGUCAGCAUACAAUACGUGUAUUCUGGCUGCUUCCGAAAAGGAUAUUCAAAUGCCAACCCCUCUGGACCUUCAACCUAAGCCGACUGAAGUUCCUCACCAGACUGAGGAUAGUGGUUUAAUUGUUAAUGUUUCGGAAACGCUGCCCAGAAUGGAUGUUAUUGAAAGUGGUGAUCAAAAUGGCGAACCAAAGAAAAAUACUUUCGAUUUGUCUUCAGUACCUGUGUAUGAAUGGACAAUGCAUAAACUGCGUAAGAUGGUGUCAGUACUUGAUUGGAAGCAAGGGCACCUUCCUCAGGUGGAGAUGGACAUUGAAAAGCUUCACAGUAUUUUUGGGAGAUCUCGUGACCCAGAUCUUUCCGAUGUUUCUUGUUCAGAUCACUAUAUGUCCAUAAUGAACGAGGUCUCUAGUAUAUGCACUGAAGAUGAACAUGCCCUCGUCUUUUCCCAGGUUAGGAGAGCAGUACAAAAGGAAGUGGCAGAGAAUUGUCAUGUCCUAAGACAUGAUGCUACUUACUCUGAUAGUGUCUACAAGUCUUCAUGGUUGAACCUCAAUGAGCAGCUCGAUGACAUAGACAAAGAACAUGGAUUCCCCUUGCAGCUGAGUUUUAGACCGCACAUUCAAAAGUGCGAGGACAAGGAAGUGAACGAGUCUGAACUUGGCAACACGGCUAGAGUUCCUAUCAAGCAAGAAGCUGAGGAAAGGCAAACGCCACCAGUACUGACAGAGGGAGAGUUGCCAGCAUCCUCUAAAGGUGUCAGUCCGACCAAAGAUCCACGUUCCUCCAAAGAGAUCAAUGUGCUUCCAUCUGAGGAAGUGAAUGAAUCUGAAAAUGGCCACAUGGCUGAAGGUCCGAUCGAGCAAGAGGCUGAGAAAAGGGUUGUUCUACCACUGCCAAACCUGAAUGAAUCUGUAAAUGGCAACCUGGCUGAAGGUCCGAGCGAGCGAGAGGCUGAGAAAACGGUGGUGUCACCACCGCGGAACCAAACCGAGUCGCCAGCAUCAGAAGACGGUGUCGUUGGCUACAAAGAUCCGCUGUCCUCCAUCGAGAUCAGUGUGCUCUCAGAUGAGGAUGCGAGAAGGUUUUUUAACGAGAUCACGGACGAGGCGGAGGACCUGCGGAGCGAGGCUCCUGAACCGCGCUCUGAAGAAAAAGGGAGGCAAACGGAAGCCGAGUUGCCCGAACCGCCGGUGAAAGAAAAGGAAAAGAGCCAGAUGGAGAUUUACUGUUGUCUUGCGCAAUGGCUUUAUGUGAUGAGCGGUUAUGGAAAUAAAUCUGUCUGCUCGUGCCAGAGUAAGGAUGCACCCAAUCAAGAGAGCAUGACGCUAGGCGCAAGCACGAAUGACAUUGCGGUACCAGCUGCAAAUUCUCUGAGUGGAGGACCUUCAACAACUGUGGGGACUGCCCAUUCAGUGCACAAUACUGGAUGUGGGGAAAGGAAUGGGAAUGAGGGAGGGUCUAAUGAAUGUACAACGAUUGAGCACAAAUCGAUGGAUCGCGCAGAGAAGGACUCGCUACAUGGUAGCAACGGGAGAAGCUCGGGACCUCCUUCAGAGCAAAAAGCUGAGAUAAGAAUGAGCGAGCACACUCCCUCCGACUCCUCGGGAGCAGGAAACCAUGCUGAUCCUGAAACACCUCCCACCACUGACUCCAGUGGCUCAAAUAUCGUGGAAGUUCAAAUCCAGGACGUCUAUUCAUCUCACAGUGACAUCUGCCAAAUAGCCUCUGCGAAGCCUGUGCCACCACAUGCUGAAGUGGAUGUAGUUGAUGCUAGCUGUGGGUCAACAGAAACCAGAAAUCUUUCAUUAGGACGUAACAAAGUGGUGGCCAAAUGUGGAACAUUCGGCCAGCAGGCUCGAUCCCCGGCUGCAAAAGGCAUUAAGCGGAUGCAAGUUCUUGCAUCAAAUUCUAACCACAAGGAUAAAAAUAUAAAGAGGGAAACCAAAAGCAGAAAACGGAAGUGGGAAAUAUCAAAUCACUCAGUCAGUGACCAUGAAAAAUGGAACAAGAAACCUUGCCCUCAAACGACUGUGGAGGAAUCUAAAAGCAGAACAUAUUUCCCGGAAAAACGAGAAGGAGAUGACCGUUCAGAAACCCUCAGACCAAAGGUUCCUAAAGGAGGUAAAAUUAAACACCCAAGAAGUGUUCCAGCAAACAAUAGUGAAAGGGGGAAAAUGCCAGGAAAUUCAAAAGUGCUUCUAGUAUUAAGUAAACAGCAAGAUAAAGCUAGGAGUGUAAGUCUUGCAUUGUAUGGAUCAUCUCCCCAGAAAAAAAAUGGGACAUCAGUUUCGCACAGACUGAUGGACCGUAAGUCAAGUAAAGUGAAAUCAAAAUCUAUUUGGACAAUGCCACCCCCGCCUAAAACCAUUAGUUUUAACCUUCCUCCAAACUUUUGUCCUCCUGUCAAAAGUCUUGCAAAGCAGCAGGUCUUUGCUAAAUGGAAGAGCAGCUUAGUGAUAGCUGAAGAUGACCACCAAGCAAAGCCUCAACGUUCAAAGAGGAAGGCCAAAAAUGGCGGUAAAACUCCGACCGCAUAUCCGAAUCACCCAAAGCCUCCAACAGACGAGACCAGUGCUUCUUCAUCUCAACCAGUGGUUACGCCACUCAAACUCAGAGCAGUGACUGCUGACCUGAAAAAGACCAAGAACAGAAAAUCUACAGAAAAUGAACUUGCGGACCGUAAUUCAUCUAACGGCACCUCUGCCAAGAGAGACGCUGCCAAAGAAAGGCAACGUAAUUUGAGUGGAGGGCCAUUCUUGAAACUGAACAAAAUUGAGGUGGAGACAACUAAGCCCAAGAAACUUGAACGGAGACGGUCCACUGUACCCGUCACCCAAAUGAAGAGUAAAUAUGAACUUGGGAGCCCUGCCCUGGUUCCACUACAACGACAAGACCGCAUGUUGGAGUUCAAGUUGCUCCCCGAGUCCUUCAGCUUCAAAGACGGUGAAGAUCAGGAGUCGCUGAAGCCGAAAGACAUGAAGGAGACCGGUACUGCAAAUAUUGUCGGUCGGCAAUCGGCAAGCUUGAAGACGACAACGUGGAAAGAUUCCUGGUCAAAGAGUUCAAAAGGCAAAGAACCGACCUCUCCUGAAGUUAUGUCUCCUGGUGCAACCAAGCAAAUGGGUACCACCUUUCAGGAGUACAGGAAGAAGUACAUGGCAAAGGGCAAGAACUAGUUUUUUUUUGUUUUUUUGUUUUUUCUUUAUGGAAAAUGAAAAACGAAAGUCCUCCAUUAAUCAUCAUGUUUCCUGUGGAAACGGUCUGUUACCAUGUUUAUUUCUGACCUCAGAUCUUCACCUCAGUUGAGAGAGAGAGAGAGAGAGAGCAAUGAAACUGUUCUAAGUUUACAUACACUUUUUAGGCGUGUAUCUCCAUCAUCUUUGGGGAAAUUUGACCUUGACCCUGCUUAAAAAGAUUCCUGCAUUUUUGUUCAUACAUUCACAUUGGGAGAUGGAUUUCUUUCCCUCCUGUCUCUCCACUCUACUGCCUGCAAUCUUGGAAUAAUUCUGAACACCAAGGAUGCAGUCUGAUUUCAGACAACGUAGGGCAGAAUUUGAAGUGAGCCUCCCUAAGGGCUAUCGAAUGGUCAUCAAAUUUCAAGCAUAAAAUUCCCUGGGAUAUAUUUACACAGCCAAAAUGCUUGCAUUGGUUGUUAAAACCAGGAGAAUAAGCACACCUUACAGCUAUGGGAAAAGGUGAUUGUGAUAAAAAAAAUUAAAAAAAAGGCUGCUUUCAUUUCACACCAAUUCGUAACUUACUAUUCCCCACAUUUAUGUUGACUAUAAGUAUAAUGCACUGUUGAAAAACCGACAAGAUGGGGUUGUACUUGUGUAUAAUCAUUUAUUUUCCUCAACGAGCCAGCUUAUGUUAUGAUGAAAAAUACAGAAUACAAAAACUGUUUUGUGUAAAAUAUAAGUUUUUCUACUGUCUUUUCUAAUUCUUUUUUACAAAGGUCUUAUGAAACAAUUUAUUUUUUCACUGUACAGAAUUUCAUCUGUUACAUUUCUUUUUUGGAUUUUUUUGUUACUUUUCAAAUUAUAUGCGAUGUCUCCCUCAUACCAUAUGUCCAGUAUUUGGAAAUAAAAAAUAGUCUGGUACCGAGA